AUGAGAAAUCUUCCUGGGCAGCCAUCUUGUUCUUGCUGCACACUGGAGUUGGAGGACCUUCUCUGCUUCAGAUUAACCAACAGCACAAAUCAAGAAAAUUUAGCCAAACUUCCGGAUCAGGUCCAGAAUGGGGGCAAGGGUACAGCUCACAGAAAGAAGACAGUACAAAGAACAGCUACAGCUGAUGACAAAAAGCUGGAGAAGAGCUACAAGCUGCCUGACGGCCAGGUCAUCACCAUCGGCAACGAGCGGUUCCGGUGUCCGGAGGUGCUGUUCCAGGCUUCCUUCCUGGGCAUGGAAUCCUGUGGCACCCACGAGACCACCUUCAACUGCAUCAUGAAGUGUGAUGUGGACAUCUUCAAAGACCUGUACGCCAACACAGUGCUGUCCAGAGGCACCACCAUGUACCCAGACAUCGCCAACAGGAUGCAGAAGGCAAUCACUGCCCUGGCACCUAGCACCAUGAAGAUCAAGACCAUUGCACCCCAAGAGCAAAAGUACUCGCUGUGGAUCGACGGCUCCAUCCUGGCCUCACUGUCCACCUUCCAGCAGAUGUGCACUAGCAAGCAGGAGUAUGACAAGUUGGGCCCCUCCAUUGUUCACCACAAAUGCUUCUAA